GGCCUUUUGCUUCCUGUUCAAAUGGUGCAUACAGGGUGCGGGCAUUAAAAAAAAAAACGAAAAAUGUUCAGUGGGUUUUUAUGUUUUAUCUCUGACGCAUUUUCGCCUCUGCCUUUGUUUCCCCAUUCAGCGGAAGAGCUCGCAGAUUGAGAACCAGCGAGGCCUGAAAACCCUAGAAUUUAAUUCCGGCGAAUGAUGGUGAGAAGAGCUUGUAGAUUCCGACACUGACAAACUGGGUUAGGUUUGAUUAAAUUGUAGCUGUGAAUGGUGAUGGGAAAAAUUAGACAUAGUCUGUCAUUGGAUCCAAUUAGACAUAGCUAGGGUUCAAUUCAAAAAUUUUGCUAGGAAAUCACUGAGAUAGAAUGAAAUGGAUGGGAAUCUGGAAAUCUCGUUGGACAAGCUCCCUGUCAAGCGACUUGAAGCUAUUGAAGAAAAUGGUGUUGAGCGUUAUCCAGUUGAUGUAGGUUAUGAUGAGAAGCGGGUGUCACUAAUAAGGAGGGUUGACUUUGCUUGGGCAUUGGAGGAUGAAGACGAGAAGGAGAGGAAGAAGAAGCAAAAAAAGAGCUCCAAAGAUGCCUCCACCACUUGGCAGUGGCAGAGCAUGGUUGAGAACCUCCAACUUGCUCAUCAGGAGCUCUCCGUCAUCAUCGAUCUCAUUGGCACUGUGGAAGCUAAUGAUGCUGUAACAGUGGCUGGAAUGAUUAGGCCAAAGAAUGAAAAUCCGUCUGAUCUGGCUGAUUACCAAAGAAAUAAUUUGUCUCAUCUAGCUGUAUCGGCAGCUACCAAGCUACAAUGCUACCGGCAUCUUGGCAAAUACUUCAAGCAAUCUGCAAAGGCUUUGGAACAGCAGAUUGCUAGGGAAGCAAGAUUUUAUGGUGCACUGAUCAGAUUGCAGCAGAACUGGAAAGUUAAACGGCAACGUAUGGCGGCUUCAGCUCCUGGAAGCGAAGGUUUCACCAUUGAUCUUUUUGACAAUUCACUGUAUGACACAGCACCAAUAUCUAGGCCAUCUUCUCUAUCCACCAUCAGAAUUGAGCAUGACUCAGCUGGAAUGCUGGCUAUUAAUUUACCUCGAAAUUCAUGUCACUCUCUUCAUUUUGGUUUUGUUGGCGUUCAUUCUGCUUAUGGCCCGAAGGUAUCAAGUAACAUAAAAGCCAGCAGUUUGAUUGAGCAUCAUAGUGGAGACACCAUGAAAGAAUCUGCAAGUGAUGAUGAGUGUGUCAAAAAAACACAUUCGCUCCUUCGUGAAGUUCAUCAAGCAAUUUUUGAUGAGCAGGUGUUCAAUAUGGUGAAUCGUGAAGCAUUUAAUCAAUAUUUAGGAGUCAAUGUGACUGGCAUACGGGAAAAUUACCUGCAACUGAGCAUAGGACAAGGAACAUCUCUGUUCAUAUCACUUGUGCCAUCUGCUAAAGGGGAUGACAACGUUGACAGUGUCCAUAUCAAGGAUUUAGAAUCUGCAAUUGUACCUUUGGACUCAUUUAUUGAUGGUAAGUUAGGGGAAAGAGAGCAUGAUUCUCCUAAAAGGAAGUUGGAUUUCCCAAAUCGUAUGAGUUGUGAAAUUUAUCUGGAACAAGUUGUUCAUGAACAUGCAUUUUCAAAGAGAAAGGAUAAACCAAAUUCAACUGGUACUCAAGCAUCUGGUCCAUUGAAUGAUGGAUCCAGUCUUCUUGCCCAUUUCUGUAUGUCAGUUGCUCAUAGAAUCUUUUCAAACAGAGUUCUUAUGGAGCUGGAAAACGUGGUUUGUGGUGUGCCAUAUCUCCAGUUGAUGACUCAUCCCACUUGGCAUUCUCGGACAUCUUCAUGGACACUCUUUGUGAAGUUUCCACAGUCCAUUCUCCAUGCAGGCCUCCAAUACCAAACAUCAGAUAUCCAUGGCGCAAAGAAUGCCAUAAAGUCACAAUUUCGGACUAAGGUGGUGGUAAAUGAUGACCGCAUCAAUAUUCAAGGGGAAGGUGCUCCUAAUGUUGUUGGCUUCUUCAAAAGAAGUUCUGAGGAUAUAUGUUCCAUGAACAAAUAUGACUGUGAUUUAGCUGAUCUCUCUGUGAUAAUUCUGCAGCAGGUUGCUAGCCAAGUUAUUCGUUGGCUUCAUGAAGAAGCUCUGAUGGUGGGAAUAAAAGCAAAUCGUGAUUUCCUGUGCUUGACUUUUGAGCUAGAACAGGGGGAAACAGUUAGCCUGGUGGCCCACGUGGAUCCGGAUGAUAUUCAAGGUUGCAUCUCCUGGUGGCUGGUUAUGGAGGAUGGAUUUGCAGAGGAGCGUAAGCUUAAUAUGGACAUGUCCGAUGGUAAAUCUGAAUAUAGGAAGUUUUUGGGGCAUUUAUCGUUGGAUAUCUUGUACUCAACAUUGAUGGACUUGGUUAGCCUGUGCAGUGGAGGUGGGAACCAUUGAGCCUCUGACUGGGAUUUGCCUUAAUCAUCUGAUCUGUUAUGGCUGUUUCUAUACGAGAAUUAACAGAGUAAUUUACUUGUAACAUCUAAUCCUGAUUUAAUGAACUCGUAAGCAUAUUUGGUCCCCUUUAUUGCCAUUUCGAUACUGGCCCCACUAACGACUAAUCCCGAUCUAAGAUGAUAGGAAUUAGGAAGCUGUUUACUUUAGGGCGGGCGUUUGGAUGGGCGGGGAAAGUUUCUCCCCCACUCUCUUUUAUUUGGAUUUUUUAGAUUUAUUUAUGUAGAAAGUUUCUCCCCCCACUUUCUCUUUUAUUUGGAUUUUUUAGAUUUAUUUAUGUAGUUUCACGUCUUAAUGUUAUAACAACACAAUGAGGGAAAAAAUGAUGUUUUUAAUU